CUCUAAUUACCAACUCAACCACUUUCUCUCUUCGUCCCUACUACUCUUCUCCUUCUCCUUCACACUCUCCUGGAAAAUGUUAGGGUUAAAUAUUUAGGGUUCAGAAAUUAUCUCUACAGAAAAAUAAUGGGAAACUGUUGUAGAUCUCCUGCUUCAGUAGCAAGAGAAGAUGUAAAACCAAGAAACUCAGUUCAUCACGAGAACAAGAAUCACUACAACAAGGAAAAUGAGACAACUAAGAAGACGAUUAAAGUGUUAAAUGAGAUUUCCAAAGUAAAGAUUGAAGAGAAAUACUUGAUAGAUAAAGAAUUAGGGCGAGGUGAAUUUGGUGUUACAUAUCUAUGUAUUGGUAAAGAGAGUAAGGAAUUGUUGGCGGUGAAAUCGAUAUCGAAGAGGAAGUUGAGGAGUAAUGUUGAUGUUGAAGAUGUAAGAAGAGAAGUAGAAAUAAUGAAACAUUUACCAACGAAUUCGAAUAUUGUGAGUUUAAAAGAAACAUAUGAAGAUGAGAAUGGUGUACAUUUAGUUAUGGAAUUAUGUGAAGGUGGUGAGUUGUUUGAUAGAAUUGUUGCUAGAGGUCAUUAUAAUGAAAGAGCUGCUGCUAGUGUUGUUAAAACUAUUGUUGAAGUUGUUCAAAUUUGUCAUAAUCAUGGUGUUAUUCAUAGAGAUUUGAAGCCGGAGAAUUUUUUGUUUGCUAAUAAAAAGGAGAAUUCGCCGUUGAAAGCUAUUGAUUUUGGAUUGUCUAUAUUUUUUAAGCCUGGGGAGAAGUUUUCAGAAAUUGUUGGAAGUCCAUACUACAUGGCACCAGAAGUGCUUAAGCGGAAUUAUGGACCAGAAAUUGAUAUUUGGAGCGCAGGUGUCAUUCUGUACAUCUUAUUGUGUGGAGUUCCACCAUUUUGGGCUGAGUCAGAGCAAGGAGUUGCUCAAGCUAUUAUACGUGGAGUAAUAGAUUUUAAACGAGAUCCAUGGCCCAACGUUUCUGAGAGUGCCAAGGAUUUGGUUUCUAAAAUGUUGCAAGCUGACCCAAAACUACGAUUAACCGCAAAGCAAGUGCUUGAGCAUUCUUGGCUACAACAUGCUAAAAAAGCUCCAAAUGUUUCUCUUGGGGAUGUGGUCAAAUCAAGACUGAAGCAGUUCUCGGUGAUGAACAGAUUCAAAAGAAAGGCCCUAAGGGUUAUUGCUGAGCAUUUAUCUGUUGAAGAAGUUGAAGACAUUAAAGUGAUGUUUCAGAAGAUUGACACAGAUAAUGAUGGUAUUGUGUCAGUCGAGGAACUAAAAGUUGGCCUUCAGAAAUUUGGUUCUCAGCUCGCGGAGUCUGAAGUACAGAUGCUUAUUGAAGCUGUAGACACUAACGGGAAAGGGACAAUGGAUUACGGUGAAUUUGUUGCAGUUUCCCUCCAUUUACAAAGGAUGGCUAAUGAUGAGCAUCUCCGCAAAGCAUUCUCAUACUUUGACAAGGACAGCAAUGGUUACAUUGAACUACAAGAGCUUGAAGAUGCCUUACUGGAGGACGGAACUGAAGACUGUGCAGAUGUCGCAAAUGAUAUCUUCCAGGAAGUAGACACUGACAAGGAUGGAAAAAUCAGUUACGAUGAGUUUGCUGCAAUGAUGAAAACUGGAACUGACUGGCGCAAGGCUUCAAGACAUUACUCUAGAGGAAGAUUUAACAGUCUCAGCAUAAAGCUGAUGAAAGAUGGGUCUCUAAACAUGGGUGGGGAACCAGUAACUAGUACAUAAACAUCAUGGUUUACACUCAUUGAGGCAGACAAACACUUGUAUUUGUUCCACGUUACCUGAAAUUCCUUUUUAUUUUUGUACGAUUAUUUCCAGGCCCGGCUCUGAAGCCUGGUAACCCAGGCUCCAGCCCAGAGUAGAAAAGAAAGUACAAUUUUAAAGGCCAGAGUUUGUUAUUGGGAAACUUCGGCGCAGACCCAAAAAAAGAAAUAUUCUCAUUGUUAGACCCACAAUUAAUUUUUAGUUCCGUGA